CUCCAAAAACUGGCGGGAAUCCAGUGUUCCCCUCCCUCUCUCCCUCCACUCUCACUCCGCACUCUUCCAUCCACCCAGCCAUGCCUGCCACCACAGCCACCAAGAAACGCCCUCAGCCGCCGCAGCCGUCUCCAUCGCAGCCUCAGCCCAAGCACCAAGCAUCAUCCUCACCCUUGGCGGAAGAAGACCUCGACGAGGACGUUUUCCUCGAAGAAACCCUCAUCCUCGAGGACGAGCACAUCCUCCGCGACAUCGAGGACCGCCGGGCCCUCGCCUCGCGCCUCUCAAAGUGGGCUCGUCCCCCUCUCUCCUCAGCCUACCUAUCUUCGUCCCAGAGCAUCGUUUUUCAGCAGCUGGAGAUUGAUUAUGUGAUCGGGGAGAGUCACAAGGAGCUUAUGCCCAAUUCGUCUGGCUCCGCGGCAAUUAUCCGGAUCUUUGGGGUCACCAGGGAAGGACAUAGUGUUUGCUGCAAUGUUCAUGGAUUUGAGCCAUAUUUCUACAUCAGCUGUCCUCCAGGAAUGGGACCCGACGAUAUCUCUCGUUUUCAUCAGGUUCUCGAGGGGAGGAUGAGGGAGGUCAAUAGGAACAGUAGGGUUCCCAAAUUUGUCCGACGUAUUGAAAUGGUGCAGAAAAGGAGCAUUAUGUAUUAUCAGCUGCAGAGUUCCCACCCUUUCCUUAAAAUUGUUGUUGCAUUGCCAACAAUGGUUACCAGCUGCCGUGGUAUUCUUGACAGAGGCAUACAAAUUGAAGGUUUUGGCAUGAAGAAUUUUGUGACAUAUGAAAGCAAUGUUCUUUUUGCUCUUCGUUUCAUGGUUGAUUGCAACAUUGUUGGAGGAAAUUGGAUAGAAGUUCCUGCUGGAAAAUAUAAGAAAACAGCAAAGAACCUGUCUUAUUGCCAGUUAGAGUUUGAUUGCUUGUACUCAGAGUUGACCAGCCAUAUCCCAGAAGGUGAAUUCUCAAAAAUGGCUCCAUUCCGCAUAUUGAGUUUUGACAUUGAGUGUGCUGGUCGUAAAGGCCAUUUUCCUGAGCCAACCCAUGAUCCUGUUAUCCAGGUGGCCAAUCUUGUUACUUUGCAAGGAGAGGAUCAGCCGUUUGUCCGUAAUGUUAUGACCCUUAAGUCAUGUUCGCCAAUAGUUGGUGUCGAUGUGAUGUCAUUUGAAACAGAAAGAGAAGUCUUGCUAGCUUGGAGGGACUUUAUCCGUGAAGUGGACCCUGAUAUUAUAAUUGGAUAUAACAUCUGCAAAUUUGAUUUGCCAUAUCUCAUUGAGAGAGCUUCGGUCCUCGGCAUAGCAGAAUUUCCAAUACUUGGCCGCAUCAGGAAUAGUCGGGUCCGUGUCAAAGAUACCACUUUUUCUUCAAGACAGUAUGGAACAAGGGAGAGUAAAGAAGUUACUGUGGAAGGGAGAGUGCAAUUCGAUUUGCUUCAGGUUAUGCAACGGGAUUAUAAAUUAAGUUCUUAUUCACUGAAUUCUGUGUCUGCACACUUUCUUUCUGAGCAGAAAGAGGAUGUCCACCAUUCAAUAAUAUCUGAUCUUCAGAAUGGGAACGCGGAAACCAGGAGGCGGCUUGCUGUAUACUGUUUGAAGGAUGCUUAUCUCCCACAGCGGCUUUUGGACAAACUGAUGUUCAUUUACAAUUAUGUUGAGAUGGCUCGUGUUACAGGUGUCCCUAUCUCCUUUCUUCUUUCCAGAGGGCAAAGCAUUAAGGUACUUUCUCAACUUCUUAGGAAGGCAAAACAGAAGAACCUUGUUCUUCCCAAUGUCAAACAAGCAGGAUCUGAACAAGGAACAUAUGAAGGUGCAACUGUUUUGGAGGCGAACGCAGGAUUCUAUGAAAAGCCAAUUGCAACAUUGGAUUUUGCAUCACUAUAUCCAUCUAUCAUGAUGGCAUAUAAUUUAUGUUACUGCACUCUGGUAACACCUGAAGAUGUUCACAAACUCAACCUCCCACCAGAAUGUGUCAACAAAACUCCAUCCGGUGAAAUAUUUGUUAAAUCAAGUUUACAGAAGGGCAUUCUUCCGGAAAUUCUUGAAGAACUAUUAGCUGCCCGUAAAAGAGCAAAAGCAGAUUUGAAGGAAGCAAAGGAUCCUCUUGAGAAGGCUGUGCUAGAUGGUCGUCAGCUUGCCUUGAAGAUAAGUGCGAAUUCUGUAUAUGGGUUUACAGGAGCCACUGUUGGCCAGUUACCAUGUUUAGAGAUAUCUUCUAGUGUUACAAGCUAUGGUCGGCAGAUGAUCGAGCACACAAAAAAACUGGUGGAAGAGAAAUUUACAACACUUGGGGGCUAUGAACAUAAUGCUGAGGUGAUAUAUGGGGACACAGAUUCAGUUAUGGUGCUUUUUGGCGUGUCCACAGUGGAAGCAGCAAUGAACUUGGGUAGAGAGGCAGCAGAAUAUAUCAGUGGAACUUUCAUGAAGCCCAUCAAACUAGAGUUCGAGAAAGUUUAUUAUCCAUAUCUACUGAUUAGCAAGAAAAGAUAUGCUGGUUUGUUAUGGACAAACCCAGACAAGUUCGACAAAAUGGAUACAAAAGGCAUUGAAACUGUUCGAAGAGACAAUUGUCUAUUGGUUAAAAAUCUGGUAAAGGAGUGCCUCCACAAAAUACUAAUUGACAGGGACAUUCCUGGCGCAGUUCAGUAUGUCAAGAAUACAAUUGCAGAUCUUCUCAUGAACCGCAUGGAUUUGUCACUUUUGGUUAUUACUAAGGGUUUGACAAAGACUGGAGAUGAUUAUGAAGUAAAGACAGCUCAUGUUGAACUUGCUGAACGUAUGCGCAAGCGAGAUGCUGCAACUGCUCCAAAUGUUGGGGAUCGAGUACCAUAUGUUAUUAUUAAAGCAGCAAAAGGUGCCAAGGCUUAUGAAAGAUCGGAAGACCCCAUCUAUGUGCUGGAAAAUAACAUACCAAUAGACCCUCAAUACUACCUUGAAAAUCAAAUUAGCAAGCCACUUUUAAGAAUUUUUGAACCCAUUUUGAAGAAUGCUAGCAAGGAGCUUCUCCAUGGAAGUCACACAAGAUCUAUUUCCAUCUCAACUCCUUCAAAUAGUGGCAUAAUGAAAUUUGCAAAGAAACAACUCAGUUGCAUUGGCUGCAAAGCUCUAAUUAGUAAUACAGACAGAACUCUCUGCUCACACUGCAAGGGAAGAGAAGCUGAACUUUAUUGUAAAACAGUAGCUAAUGUGUCUGAGUUGGAGAUGCUUUUCGGAAGGCUUUGGACACAGUGCCAGGAGUGCCAAGGUUCCCUCCAUCAGGAUGUGCUUUGUACAAGUCGAGAUUGUCCAAUAUUUUAUCGGAGAAAGAAGGCACAGAAAGACAUGGCUGAAGCCAAGCUGCAAUUAGAACGGUGGAACUUCUAAGAUUCUUCUGAGGGUCACUCAUUUUCAUCACAAGUUUGGAAAGAGAAAAUAGAUGGUGCACGAGCUUGCUAGAAAUGAUUGUUUUGACUUGUGAGAGAAAGGUCUUUUGAUGUCUGUGCAACAUUUGCAGGUUUUGGUGGCCCAGUUACUUGACGUAUCGGUGUAGAACAUGUUGCAUGUUUGGCAUGUUUGAGAUGAAGGCCUUCAAACUAACUGAUUUGUAAAGGAGUUGGACACUACAGGAUACAGGGUUUGCCUGAAUUUUCUUAUCCUGUUAUGGGCGACGAUUGGAGGUAUAAAUUUAUUUUUAAGUGAUACAAAAAUUUUGCCAGGAAUCA